AUGCCCCCCGGAACAGAUCUGGGUGAUACAUACCUUGCCGUAAAUUUGACGGUUGAUCACAACCAACUCUGCGCCCUAGAUGUUCUGGGACCAGAGGACAGACCAUCUACACACCAGAGCGAUGUCCACGAAGAAUUCAAGGAGCAACUAGCAAGGAGUCCAGACGGUCGAUACGAAACUGGACUUCCUUGGAAAAGGAACUGUCCUGAGUUGCCCAAUAAUUAUGCGGACAGUGUGCGCAGAGUGAACUCUCCUCUACGGAAAUUAAAGAGAAUUGAUAUGCCGGACCAGUACGCCGACAUUAUUCGGGAGCAGCCGGAGGAAGGAGUGGUUGAGAAGGCACCAGCAAAGGUAACAGGCAAAGAAUUCUACAUGCCCCAUGGAGCGGUAAUACGCGAGAAUGCAGAAUCAACUAAGCUACGAGUGGUAUAUGACGCCUCGGCCCGUGUGUAUGACGGUGUACCAUCAUUGAAUGAGUGUUUACACACCGGUCCCCCACUACAGAAUGAACUUUGGAGUAUUAUUGUCCGCAAUAGAUUCCAUCCUAUUGCAGUAGCCGGAGAUAUGCGCAAGGCCUUCCUACAGAUACGAGUCAAGGAAGCUGAACGUGACGCAUUGAGAUUCCACUAG